UAACAAACGCACACCCUCUAACUUCACGCUAUUGUACGCGCUGGUCGUUUCGGAUCUUUCCGAAAAGAUUUUUCAGUUAAAAUCUACCCCAUCGAUAAAUAAUGGCAAUUCGCCCGGUUUAUAGGCCUAAAUUGGUCAAAAAGAGGACAAAGAAAUUCAUCAGGCAUCAAUCUGAUCGCUAUGGGAAGUUGAAGCGUAAUUGGAGGAAACCAAAGGGUAUCGAUAACCGAGUACGUAGGAGGUUUAAGGGACAAUAUUUAAUGCCCAAUAUCGGUUAUGGAACUUGGGAGAAAUCGCGUCAUAUGCUUCCGACUGGUUUCCGUAAAGUUUUGGUCCAUAACGUUAAGGAAUUAGAAGUAUUGAUGAUGCAAAAUCGAACUUAUUGCGCGGAAAUUGCUCACGGAGUCUCGGCUAAGAAACGUAAAGACAUCGUCGAAAGAGCUAAACAACUUUCCAUCAGAUUGACGAACGGAAACGCGCGUUUGCGUAGCCAAGAAAACGAAUAAUUUGUUUAGACUCGUUAAAAAAUUAAAUAAAAAAUUUAUAAACAA